AUGAAGACGCGCCGCUCUAGACACGCCUUUGGUCUGCCUCACCGCGUGCACGGGGGAGCGCACUCGUGGAAGGCGCUGUCAUGUCCCAGUCCCAUCAGAAGCGCUCUGCUGCAUGCGCCGUGGGUAAACUUGACUUGUUUGGGGAGUAGGCUGUUUGAAAACUACUGCUACCACAACUACAACGUCCAGUGUGGUCACCCCUCCCACCCCCUAACCCUCACACCCCCUUCCCUGGCUCCACACAUCUGGAGGGAGGAGAGGAUUGGAGAGCGCGCGUUCCCAUCACUUCACCCCAACUCGCAUCACCAGGAGCAGCGAGACAGCAGUGGACUUUUGCGCACACACCUUUUUCCUUCUGGGAUCAUGUACAAACUUUGGAAACGCGACAACUUCCAAGGAACUCUUCGUGCAUUCAAGGCGGCGAUGACCCGCGACGUGGUGCCACCUUGUGCCACAGCAGAUGCAGAUCCGUAA